AUCGCAGAGCGUGCAAUUUUGUGUUCUCUUUCCUCUUUUAUUUCUUUUCCUUUUUAACUUUUUUUUCUUUCUUUUUUUUUUCCUUUUUUUUUUCUUUUUUUCAUUUUUACCUUUUUUUUUGUGUUCUUCUUCUUCUUACUUGAUUUCGAACCCUAAUUAAGAGAAAGAGGUAUUUUUUUCUCGGGAAACAAAACAUAUAAUUUAUCGCGGUGAGAAAAAAAUGCAGAAUCCGAGGCUGAAACAACACCAGCAACAACAAGCUAUGAUUCAGCAAGCUAUGAUGCAACAACAUCACUCUCUCUAUCAUCCUGGUGUUAUGGCUCCUCCGCCUCAGAUGGAGCCCUUACCAAGUGGAAACCUUCCUCCUGGUUUUGAUCCCAAUACUUGCCGUAGUGUGUAUGCUGGGAACAUCCAUACGCAGGUCACUGAGGUUCUUCUUCAAGAGAUUUUUUCAAGUACUGGCCCUGUUGAAAGCUGUAAACUCAUCAGAAAGGAUAAGUCAUCAUAUGGAUUUGUUCACUACUUUGAUCGAAGAUCUGCUGGUCUGGCUAUAAUGUCCCUUAACGGAAGGCAUCUAUUUGGACAGCCUAUCAAAGUUAAUUGGGCGUAUGCCACCGGUCAAAGAGAAGAUACAUCAAGUCAUUUCAACAUUUUUGUUGGAGAUCUCAGUCCAGAGGUUACUGAUGCAGCGUUGUUUGAUAGCUUUUCUGGCUUUAACAGUUGCUCGGAUGCAAGAGUUAUGUGGGACCAGAAAACUGGACGCUCAAGAGGCUUUGGGUUUGUUUCAUUCCGUAAUCAGCAGGAUGCUCAAACUGCUAUAAACGAAAUGAAUGGUAAAUGGUUAAGUAGCAGACAAAUCAGAUGCAACUGGGCGACAAAAGGUGCUACUUUUGGCGAGGACAAACACAGCUCUGAUGGAAAAAGUGUCGUUGAACUUACAAACGGCUCUUCAGAGGAUGGUAGAGAGAUUGCAAACGAGGAAGCUCCUGAAAACAAUCCUCAAUAUACCACUGUGUAUGUAGGAAACCUCGCUCCAGAAGUAACUCAGCUUGAUCUACACCGUCUGUUCCAUACACUUGGUGCUGGAGUGAUUGAAGAGGUCCGCGUCCAGCGAGACAAAGGCUUCGGUUUUGUGAGAUAUAACACUCAUGACGAGGCUGCUCUUGCUAUUCAAAUGGGCAACUCUCAGCCUUUCCUCUAUAGCAGACAGAUAAAGUGUUCUUGGGGAAACAAACCAACUCCAUCAGGCACAGCCUCAAAUCCACUUCCCCCACCAGUCUCGGUCCCAGUGCCUGGUCUGUCCCCAAUGGACCUCUUAGCCUAUGAGAGGCAACUGGCUUUAGCCAAGAUGCAUCCUCAGGCUCAACAUUCUCUAAGGCAUGUCAAUGCAGCUGGAGCAAGUGCAGCUAUGUACGAUGGUGGCUUUCAGAAUGUAGCUGCGGCGCAUCAGCAGCUCAUGUACUAUCAGUAAUAAACUCUGUUCUUUUUUGCUCUGAGAUACCUUUUUUUUUUGUUUUUCUUCUUUUUAAAUUUGAUCACUUUCUUGCUUUUUCUAGCCCUUGUUCAGAGUCUUAUGUAUGUCUUUCUCUCAUUUAAGCCGUUGAUUCUAUAUGUAUGCUGAGUCUGUAACCUAUUAACCUAUGGGGUUUUACUUGGAUUGUAUGCCAAGCAAUAAAAUAACAUGAAAUAAAAGGGAUUUGUUUGACUUUCUCGGUA